AUGUCUUUUCUCUUCGGCAAGAAGAGCAAGCAGCAGGCCAACAACGCGCUGCCACCAGCCAUCAGAGAAAUAACCUCGUCAGGUGGCCCAGGGCAACCACCCCCGGCCGUCAAUGGAUCUGGCUCUCGCGAGAUUGAGAGGACCCGUGGAGGCUCCCAAUCCCAGACACCUACUCCCGGAGGCAGCAUAAACAACUCGUUGAGCUCUCUCCAAAAUCAAACCCCUGGAAAUGCGCCCACCCCUGAGCCCAAAGCACUGCGAGAGAAGGCCGACACCAACAUCCAGAAUACGAACCCCAGAUUUGCCGGCAACUCACCAGACUCCCCGUACCCUUGGUCCUCCCGACGGCUGAACUUCACCGCAGGCAAUCCCUUCCCGCGAUACGGCGCUGCUAUCAAUGCCACGGCUUCCAAGGAUGGCACGAUUUACCUCAUGGGUGGACUCGUGGGCGGCGCGACAGUCAAGGGUGAUUUGUGGCUGACUGAGAUGGGCAACGGUAGCAUGGCCUGCUAUCCCAUUUCCACAACUGGAGACGGUCCUGGUCCUCGCGUGGGUCAUGCUAGUCUACUCGUUGGCAAUGCCUUCAUCGUCUUUGGAGGAGACACGAAACUGGCUGACAACGACGACUUGGACGACACCCUAUAUCUCCUCAAUACCUCUACAAAGCACUGGUCGCGCGCACUACCGCAAGGCCCUCGUCCCACUGGUCGCUACGGACACACCCUAAACAUACUAGGCUCUAAGAUAUACAUUUUCGGUGGACAGGUCGAGGGCUUCUUCUUCAAUGACCUAGUAGCUUUUGACCUGAACUCGUUGCAGUCAUCCGCAAGUCGAUGGGAAGUGUUAAUACCAAACACUAAGGAGCAGGCUUCUCCGCAGGGCAGAUCACCACCAGCACGUACCAAUCAUUCCGUGGUAACGUGGAAUGACAAGCUCUAUCUAUUUGGUGGCACCGACGGGAUUACUUGGUUCAACGAUGUCUGGACCUAUGAGCCACGCUCCAACGCGUGGACAGAGCUUGACUGCAUUGGCUACAUUCCUGUAGCUCGCGAGGGUCAUUCUGCCGCCCUCGUCAACGACACCAUGUACAUCUUCGGCGGACGUACCCAAGAAGGCGUCGAUCUGGGCGACCUUGCAGCCUUCCGGAUUUCAUCCCGCCGCUGGUACAUGUUCCAAAACAUGGGGCAUUCCCCCUCAGCCCGAUCGGGCCAUAGCAUGACUGCGUUCGGAAAGCACAUCGUCGUCUUAGCUGGUGAGCCCAGCUCUUCCGUCAGUGACAGGAACGAGCUCAGCCUUAGUUAUAUUUUGGACACCUCCAAGAUAAGGUAUCCGCCCAAUGAAAGUGCUCCUCCACCGCAGCCGCAGAAUACCCAGCGAAAGAUGAGUGGCGGUGAGAGAAGCAAUGUGCCUCCCGCUAAAGUCGGCUCCCCUCCAACGCGCGAGAGUAUGAUGCCUGGUUCCCAACUCACAAGAGCCCCAGAAAACAUGGGAAACGGGGUGAACGCAGGAUCACGGUUGCCUCGUGCAGCAGGUCAGCCACCUCCAGGUCCUCCUCCACUCCAGCAACCCCCACAGCCCCGCGAGAAUGGUGCUGGCGCACAAGGUGCCCCGAAGCCCCGAAGCAAGACUCCUACCAAGAACGAACGUGGAUAUGGCCCACCUAUCGACACUGGAGCUGUGUCCGCGCUAGAUAGAGACAAUAUGUCGCCUGUGACCCGCGAAAGUCCGUCUACGAACGACAUGCAACGGAAGGCUUCGAUGGACGCUGUAAGCCAGCAGACCCCGAAGCAGUCCAUGGACACUACGCGCUCCGGUAGCACCGUAUCACGGAACACAUCCAAAUCUCACCGUCCGCAGCCUUCCCAGGAUAGCACAGACCAAGCAGCAAGGCAGUCUCUAGAGACACAACAACAACGCGGAUUUGUUCGUGAGGUUGAGCAGUUACCCAACGAGGGCCUAAAAAACGCGUCACUUGCGAAUGAUCAAAGAAAUACCGACCUUGUUAGAGAACUAGAGCACGUCAAAAGUCGCAACGCAUGGUACGCCUCGGAGCUAGCACUUGCCCGUCGAGCAGGCUACAGCUCGGGUACUUCGACGAGUCCUGUAUUCGAUGAGCGAUCGGCCGACGCUUUUCGGGACGAAGACAGACCCUUGUUGGAGGCGCUCUUGAAGAUGAAGACCGAACUUGAACGAGUACAGACCUCAAUCAAAUCGCAAGGCGACGAUGCCGCAAAGAGAAUCGCUGAAGUUGAGAGACAGCGGGACGCAGCUGUUAGUGAAGCCAUAUACGCUAAAACCAAGUUAGCGGCUCACGGAGGUGGUAGUCAGAAUGGAACUCCCCAGCCAGAUGGAGCUCGAAGCACGAAUACACCGGACGCUGAUCGACUCCAAGAUAUUAGUCGUCGACUAGCUACGUCUUUGGGGGCUCAAGGUGACCUGGCUACCAAAGUGGAGCAUUUAACCCGUCAAAUUGAGGCCGAAAGGAAAGCGAAACAGCUAGCCGAGGAGACCGCAGAAGCUGCACAGAAACGUGUACAAGAACUGGACUCGACCCGACAAAAGGCCACGGCUGAAUCAGAGAGUCUACGUGCCGAGUUGCACGAAGCUGAACGUAUCGCAAGAGAAGUCUCCACUAGCGCUGCAGAAGCGGAAUCGGCAUCGAAGCUAUUAGCGAUCGAUAAACAAGAGCUGAGCGCCAAGAUUGCUAAGGUUUCCGAAGAGUCAAGAACUCAGUCGGCUGUUAUUCAGUCUCUGCGCGAUGCGGUCUUUGCGUCCACGGAGAAAUCAACAUUGCUGGAGAAGAAGCUCAACGAGGAGCGGACUACGAGCGAAAACCUGCGCCAGAAGUUGAGCCAGCUUCGCAGUGAAUAUGAGGCACGCGUACUGGAGCUGGAGACUAUGUCACAAAAGCUCCGUGAUGCGGAGGAGUUGGCGGAAAGUCAUGCAGAAGAGGCACGCCUUCAUCGGGCCACCGUUUUCUCUGGUCUUCAAACGAUGACGGAGCGCUCUGAGGAAGAUGGCGCCAACCAUGACGAGCGGGUUGUAAUACUGCAGCAGCAAGUCGAAUCUGCAAACUCUAUGGCCCGCAAAAACCAGACAGCAGCUGAUCAGGCGUCGGAAAAGCUUCGACGGGCUGAAGAACGAAUCGCUGGUCUUGAAGCCUAUCAAGAGCAAUCUAGUCGUGAGGGGCUUACCAUCCGUAAACAACUACAGCAGGCUAUGCGAGAUGUACAGCUCUCCGAGGCCGAACGAACUGAGCUUCGCCAGCAACACGAGCGUUUGCGCCUUGAGAGCAAUGCAUUUGAAGUUCAGCUCAAGACUCUUCGCAAUCUCCUUGACGAAAGAGGUGUGAACGCUGUCGACUCGCGACGCUCAAGAGUACUAGACAGUCCAAACUCAAGGUUUGGCACACCUGAACUCAACCGAGUUCGCGAGUUGGAACAACAGGUAGACUCUAUGACCAAAGCACAUGAGGAACUGCGUUCCAUGUUCGAGGAGCGUGAGCAUGAGGUCAGCAAAGAGUGGGAGGAAAAAUUACAGGCACUUCACAACGACCACCAAGCUGCUGUCAAGUAUCUCCGGGGUACAGAAAAGAUGCUUUCGAAGAUGAAACAGGAGCUCGAUCGCUACAAGAGUGCGAAUCUCAAGCUCGAGGAAGAACUCACCCAAGUGAGGCAAGACAAGCGUAGUUCCGCUGACGAAGCCGAUCACACCAAGUGGAACGCAGAGCGUACGGCACUUCAGUCUGAACUGGACAAGGCACGGGAGGACAUGGAGGCUACCGUUACGCGUUUCGAGACCCAGUUGUCCAAACUGCAAGCCGAUCUGGCUUCCGCUCGCGCCGAUGCCGAAACGGCAACGAAUGCUACAAAGCAGGCCGAGCAUCAGGCAGCUCAGUUCCAGGCAGAUCUCGACUCGCUCCGCCGUCAGUAUACACAGACUGAGGAACGUGCACGCGAAGCUGAGAGUCGGGUCCAAAUGUUCCUUGACCAGUUUGAGUCAUCGGUCGAUAAUUACCGUCGCCAGUCCCAGGUUCCGACCGAGAACAACCUUCCUGAACACAGCCGCCACCAUGCCCACGAUAGUAUUGCAUCGGCUGAAUCUCUUUACAGCCGCAAUGAUGGCUCCAGUACCCCGGAGGCUACUAACCGUCGUUCAUCUACUGCUACACGGAACUCCAUGGCUCUCGAUAACCUUGCCUCUGAGUUGGAUGCUCUCAGGAGUCACUGGGAAACCACCAACAAGGCUUACCGAUUGAGUGACCGCUUUGAUUUCGAACGCAUGCCCGACAAUGAUAACACGGAUGUAAAUGAACUUUCGCAAUGGAGGAAGAAGGUGGAGAGCGAGGAUGGAUUCCAAGCUGCGGCGGGUAGUCAGGAUUCAAAAUCCGUUCAGCCGGCUGCUACCAUGGCCUCGCCGACACAGCUCCACGGAUCUUCGUAG